UAUUUUAAACUAUUCUCGCUUGUGGGAUGAAGACUCUUGGAUAAUUCCCCUUUCUGAGUUUCCAGAUCGAAUAUAGAAUCUUAUGUGUUGUUUUUGAGUUUGAUGUGAAGUUUUACACUGUUCAUGAUUAUUAUUUUUUUCUUGAUUACAUGUUGUAAAAUUCUACUUGAUUAGUAAUUUUUUUUUAAUUAAAAGGCACUGCUCAUAAUUUUUGCUUUUGUUAUGGUCAGUCGGUGAUAAUUGUGUGAAUGUGGGGUUGGAGAUUUAGAUUAACUAUUAUUGAAAUCACAUUGCAAAGUUACUUUUGUGGCUUGCUAUUUCUGUGUUUUUGGAUUCUGAUUCACAAGGGAAAUAUAAAAAAAUUUAUUGGCUACUGGUUUAUUUAGCUUUGAUUUGUUCACGGGGUCACUUGCUUUUAGAUUUUUUUAAUUCCAUUUGAUACGUUUUAUUCUUCCUUGUGGGAUGGAGACUCUUGGGUAAGCUAUUAAAAAAUUAUUUGCAUCCAAUUCAGUAAUAGCAUAGUAUAGACACUGAUUAUUGGUAAGAUUUAUGUAGUGUGUUGUUCUUGGAUUAUAUAUUUUUUGGUGAAUAAUAGGUACAUCAUCCACAUAAGGGUGAUAGACCACACCGAUGCUGCCUCUUUUGUUUUGUUCGAUGGAGAAGCUGCAAAGUUUCUUGGAGUUUCUGCUAAGGACCUUAGGCAGUCUUGUGUGACUAAGGGUGUUGAGAAAAAUUCCUGUCCCGAAGAGAUUAAUAAGCUUAGGGAUAUUAAGUUCAUCUUCAAAGUGCAACUCAAGAUGAGGAAUCUGAACUCUUAUGAACCAUAUGCGAUUCAUGUGCUGAGAAUGACUAAUGAGAAUUCUCUGGUCUCUGCCUUCUUGGAUAAAUACAAUCCCGACACUGGCCUUUUGUCCCAUGAAAAUUCUGAACUAUUGAGUUUGUCUACUGGUCCAUACAACACUUCUAAGGCUUGUGAGAGUGAGCCAACUCCAUCUCCUGCAGUUGAUGAGAAACAUAAUUCUAAGAUUCUCGGAGCUAAGAAACAUAUUGAAGAGAUUGGAGAGGAGUCAGUUUCAUCCAAAUCUAAGAAAGGGAAGUGGGUUGUGGGGGAGGACUAAAUCAACACGCCUCUACACAGUUCGAUUUAAAAUAUAGGAGAAUAAUUUAUUUAAACUAUUAUUUGAAUGAACUAUGGUUGUUUGAGAGUUAUUAGGA